AUGAACACUGGCAUAAGGAAAGACCAUCUCAGGAAAGGUGAAACGGUAUCAUGGUACAAUUCAGUGAUUGCUGGUUCUGUUUCUGGGGUAUUUGCUAGGAUGGCAACUGCACCAAUGGAUACUGUAAAAAUACGAUAUCAGUUACAACCGGUACAAGAGGACAAAUAUAAGGGAAUUGCAUCUACUGUGAGAACUAUAAUGAAAGAAGAAGGACUUCGAGCGUUAUGGAAAGGAAACAUCCCGGCGACGGCGAUGUACGUUGUUUACGGUGCAGUACAAUUCGGAUCUUACUCGUGGUUCAACAACGUUUGGUCUGCGAAGUUCCCUCGGUUUUCACAGCAGGGACAAACGCUAACGGUCGGAGCGUUGGCAGGAAUGACUAGUUCAGUGGUAUCUUACCCGCUAGAUUUGCUUCGGACAAGACUUAUAGCAAACAGAACGAGCCAUCGGACCAGUGUCGCAGAGGAGUGCCGACAAAUGUGGCUCAAUGAAGGUGUACGAGGUUUUUUCACUGGAAUAUCCACUGCGAUGACAACGGUUACUUUAUCCACGGCUAUCAUGUUUCUCACAUAUGAGACCGUGAAUAUAGUCUGUGAAAACCACGAGAAAGAAUUCUGGUCGCGACCUGUAAGUGCUAGUUCAGGGAUCAUCGCAGGGUUUGUAUCCAAGACGAUGGUGUUCCCCAUUGACACUUUACGUCGCAGAAUGCAAGUGAUGAACUCUAAGAGAACAGUUCAUUUCACCAAAUUCCCUGCUGUUUACCACGAGUACAGGUAUAAAUCAUCCACUGCAAUUAUUUACAAGAUACUAAGACAGGAGGGUGUAUCAGCGUUGUACCGAGGACUUACAAUGGGACUAUGUAAAUCUGUUCCAACGACAGCAAUCAGUCUUUUCGUGUAUGAACGCACAAUGGAUCUCUUUGAUCACGGACAGCGCUGGGGGAGAUCUCCAUAG